UGUGUUCAAUGUUGCUGACUUCAUAGCAUCCUUUUAGGCUGCUCAGGUCAAAUCUAUGUAGUUACCAGCGUUGCCUCAGGCCAGUAGGACAGCCGAGUACACAGCGCAUGUACCCAUUCGGCGGUAUGUCGGCGCGUAUCCAGCGGGAGCGUCUGCGGGCUGAGGGUGUGGGCACCAAUGAGCGGGCCGUGCUCUUCCUGCGGCAGGACUACGAGGCACUGAGGCGGGAGUGCUUGGAGAGCAGCACCCUGUUCAGUGACCCCUACUUCCCCGCCCAGGCCCCCUCGUUGGGCUUUAAGGAGCUGGCACCCAGUUCCUCCAAGACGCGUGGCGUUGUGUGGAAGAGGCCCACGGAGCUGACGGCGAGUCCUCAAUUCAUAGUGGGCGGAGCCACCCGGACAGACAUCUGCCAGGGAGCCCUCGGGGACUGCUGGUUGCUGGCUGCUAUAGCGUCUCUCACUCUGAAUGAGAAGCUCUUACACAGGGUGGUGCCCCACGGUCAGAGCUUUACAGACGACUAUGCUGGGAUCUUCCACUUCCAGUUCUGGCAGUUUGGCGAAUGGGUGGACGUCGUCGUGGAUGAUCGGCUGCCGGUGAAAGAUGGAGAGCUGUUGUUUGUUCACUCGGCUGAGGGGAGUGAGUUCUGGAGUGCCCUGCUAGAGAAGGCUUAUGCUAAACUGAAUGGCUCAUACGAGGCCCUCUCUGGAGGCUCCACCACCGAAGGCUUUGAGGACUUCACGGGCGGAGUGGCUGAGAUGUACGAGCUGCGUCAGGCUCCACGGGACCUGCCCCGCAUCAUCACCAAAGCCCUGGAGAGAGGCUCACUGCUGGGCUGCUCCAUUGACAUAACUAGUGCCUUUGACAUGGAAGCAGUGACGUUUAAGAAGCUGGUGAAAGGUCACGCCUACUCCGUCACAGGUCUCAGGGAGGUUGAUUUCCGUGGCAACAGAGAAAGGCUCAUUCGUAUCAGGAACCCCUGGGGCCAGGUGGAAUGGACAGGAGCGUGGAGUGACAAUUCGUCUGAGUGGAACCACAUUGAUCCUGCUGAACGAGAGGAGAUGAACAGCAAAAUGGAGGACGGAGAGUUCUGGAUGCCAUUUCGGGAGUUCCAGCGUCAGUUCUCCAGGAUGGAGAUCUGUAACCUGAGUCCUGACGCCCUGAACGAUGAUAAUCUGAGCAACUGGAACACCAUCAAGUAUGAGGGCAGCUGGAGAAGAGGGAGCACUGCUGGAGGCUGCAGGAACCAUCCCAACACGUUCUGGAUCAACCCACAGUACAAGAUCACACUGCUGGAAGAGGAUGAUGAUCCUGAUGAUGAAGAAGUGGCCUGCAGCUUCCUGGUGGCGCUGAUGCAGAAGGACCGGCGUCGUUACCGCAAACAGGGCCAGGACAUGCACACCAUUGGCUUCGCCAUCUAUGAGGUCCCAGACGAGCUUCGCGGCAGCCCGAGUGUGCACCUGAAGAAGGACUUCUUCCUGCGCCAUGGAUCUUGUGCACGCUCCCAGACCUUCAUCAACCUGCGAGAGGUGAGCGCCCGCUUCCGGCUGCCUCCAGGGGAGUACCUCGUCGUGCCCUCCACCUUCGAGCCUGCGAAAGAGGCCGACUUCGUCCUCCGGGUCUUCACCGAGAAGCAGUCUGAGACACUAGAGAUGGACAAUGAUGUAUCGUUCACCCCUGAUGAAGAGGAGGAGGUAAUGGAGCAGGAUAUAGACGAGUCCUUCAGAGCCAUGUUUGCUAAGCUUUCUGGAGAGGAUAUGGAGGUGUCCGCUCAUGAGUUGAGGACCAUCCUGAACAGAGUAAUGGCCAAACACAAGGAUCUAAAGACAGACGGAUUCAGUUUGGAGGCCUGCAGGUGUAUGGUGUGCCUCCUGGAUAAAGACGGCAGCGCUCGCCUGGGUAUUGUGGAGUUCCAGACUCUAUGGAACAAGAUCAAGAAGUGGCUGGGAAUAUUCCGGCAGUUUGACCUGGACAAGUCGGGGAGCAUGAGCUCGUACGAGAUGCGGCUGGCCUUAGAAUCAGCCGGUUUUAAGCUCAGUAACAAGCUGAACCAGGUGCUAGUGGCGCGAUACGCAGACAAAGAGAUGAUUGAUUUCGAUAACUUUAUCUGUUGCCUGGUGAAGCUGGAGACCAUGUUUAGAACCUACCAGGAGUUGGAUAAAGAUGGAACUGGGGUUGCUGAGAUUAACCUGUCUGAGUGGCUGUACCUGACCAUGUGCGGUUGAGUGCUGGUACAGGAACGCUGCCGCCCUGCCCCUGAUGAGCAAGCUGCUAACCACUGCAGGUGCUGGCACAGGUGUGCCCCGAUGCCCCAUUCAAAGCUUUAAUUUGCCUCAUCCAACACAAAGAUGUCUGGACGACCCAUGCAGACUGCCUUAUCCACAUCAGUAACAAAUGCUAUUACCUUUAGACACCUUGGUAUCUUAGCUUAGUAUGUCUGGCUUCAACUUGAAGACAUAUCCUAACUAUGCAAGAGAGUAGCAACUCAAAUAGUCAGUGAGUUUGACCUUCAGCUAAAUAUCUCUUCCAUAUAUGCCUGUAUGUAUAUUGCUGCAUGAUAUUAAGAGCAAAUUAAUCCAGCACUGUGCCUAAGAGCAUGUCCCUAACCUCAUUUUGUAGAGAUGUUCUCGUAUCUUAAUAGCUGCGUUUAAAAGUUUUUUCCCCCAUGUGGAUUGUUUUGGAUCUAAUGAGUGUAUUCACUGUCCACUGGGAAGCUUACCACAACUUAUCCUCCUAUAAAAACACAGAAAGGCAUGUUUUGGGUCUUGUUAUAGAUCAGUCAGGGAUUGCCUUACAAAGAAUAAAGUUUAUAGAACUGAAAUUACUUUUCUUGAAGAUACAACGAGGUAUCCAGUAAGAAUCUAAUUUCCAUGCAUAAACACACAUUUCAUCACGGUGUAUCUAAGGUCAUGGCAAAGAAAACAAAAACAAACCUAAUCUGAUUAGCAUUCUCAGACACCAACAGCGCAAGUUAUAAUUUUCGAAGGUUUUAUUCCUUUUGGUCGUUCACUUGUGGUGCGGCUGAACAUUAAUAAAGCGACAAUUAUAAAGA